GCCAAACAAUGGCAGAAGAUAGCAGCGCCACGUAAAUUUCCCGAAGUGUGCGAAUCGCAAUUCGGCAUCCGUCCUCAUGCAGCUGUUUGCGCACGUGGCCCUCACCUUACCAUGAUCCAAAGCCUUAGCUCAAGCUUAACGCCAAGUUCAGCUGUGCCUCAAGCGAUCUGUCUUCGUCCGUCAUUCAUCAGGUGUUCUUCUGCCUCCUCAUCCUCUUCUUCUUCUUCUUCGUCCUCUUCUGCUAAAUUCUCACUUUCAACGUCUUCAACAUCCCGACCAACCAGCACCACCACCACUCGUCAUCUGUAUCGUCGUUGUCAUCUCUGUACGACGACUACAUUUUAUCUGAUUGUGCUGAUCGCUCUACUACCACGACCACCAAUCAGUAGUGCAUUGAAAGCAGCGCUUAGCAAUCCGACUCGAAAUCGUUUCACGGACGCUGAAAUUGAUUUAAUUCGAAGGAGUUUCUUGAGAAAGAUUGGAAAUUGGUGCAUGUUUGCUCCGAAGAAAAUCCGCAAAGCAUCAAUGUUUUCUAGAAUAAGUUUAGCUCCUUUAAGGUUCGGAAUGAAAGAACAACCAAAACAGGAACUUCCUGCGCUACCGAUACCAAAUUAUUUAUGGGAUAUCUACGACAAGGUUCAAAGUGAAGAAGUCGAAUGGGUUCGGCAUUAUUAUCCACAACGAAUUAUGGAAAGCGAAGACAGAUUAUUGUUGCUGCGAUACAACCUUACUGUGACCGUACAAAAUGCAACUAGCGAGCGCAUUCUUCGCGCAGAUCUCAAAUUGAAACUGAACAAGGGAAUCGUCAAGAGACGGGUUAAAGUCUACGAAGUUGAUCAACGUAAUCCUGAUAUUAAACGAUUGCUGGAUUCGAAACAAGUUGAACCUGAACCAAAAAAAGAUCAUCAAUGGGUUGAUAUGGAUGUGUCAGAAGCACUCACCAGGAGGCGACCCGACCGAAAUCGAGUAGAUUUUGCAAUCGAGCUCUCCGAUGGACAUCUCACACCACCAUCCUUUCCAUCAACGAACACUGUACCAACGAUACCGCGCAGUAGAACACAAGCGGCUGCAUUAGUUGUUUACGUUGAAACCAAUGAUGAAGAGGCAAUUAAGAUCAGGAAGAAACGGAAGGCGGGUGGCAAACGACGGCAUCAACAUCGUAAACAUAACCAUAGGGUCGGCUCACAGGAAAAGAAUCUAUGUCAGAGACGAGAACUUCACGUAGAUUUCAAUGAACUUAAUUGGCAAGAUUGGAUUCUUGCGCCUCCUAGCUACAGUGCAUUCCAGUGUCAAGGUGAAUGUCCAAAUCCGUUAACAUCGCACUUCAAUACGACCAAUCAUGCAAUUGUGCAAGGACUCAUCAAUUCCGUUAAUCCUUUCCAAGUGCCAGCACCUUGUUGUGUACCAAUCGAAAUGGAAUCAUUAGCUAUACUCUAUAUUGAUGUGGAAAGUAAAAUCGUUAUUAAGAAUUAUCCGGACAUGGAAGUAUUAAGUUGCGGGUGUCGUUAG